CAGCCAGCACUAGGCUUACACUCUACAUAUCGGCCUUAUUACAGAAGCCUGAGACUCUUCCUGGAGGUAUUAGCCCUACACAAAAUGGCUGCCUGGGAGAGGACAAAUGUGUCACAUGACAGGGAAGCUCUAGUGGUCACCUGAUUUGUACUACACUACCCAGCAUGCUUUGUUUCCUCAUCUCAUUCCCUGAUAUCACACGGAUUACAGAUUUGUAAACUGACUCCACCUCACUUACGGAUACAUGAGACACAGUAACCAGAAGAUCCUGAAACUCAUCAACAAGAUCAUUCUGCUGCUGACUGGAGAGGAGGAGGAGUAUAUAGAGGAACACAGCGGUCUGUACAAGGACGUGAUGAUGGAGAAUCACCGGCCCCUCACAUCACUGGAUGGAUCCAGUAACAGAGAUACCCCAGAGAGAUGUCCCCGUCCUCUGUAUUCCCAGGAUUGUACAGAGGAGAAUCACAGGAUCCCACAGGAGGAUCAGGUAGAAGGUAUGUCUGACGUAAAGGCAGAAGAUACAGAGGGAGAAGAAGAGACGUAUGUGACUGAUAUAAAGGCAGAAGAUACAGAGGGAGAAGAAGAGACGUAUGUGACUGAUAUAAAGGCAGAAGAUACAGAGGGAGAAGAAGAGACGUAUGUGACUGAUAUAAAGGCAGAAGAUAUAGAGGGAGAAGAAGAGACGUAUGUGACUGGUAUAAAGGCAGAAGAUAUAGAGGGAGUAGAAGAGACGUAUGUGACUGAUAUAAAGGCAGAAGAUAUAGAGGGAGAAGAAGAGACGUAUGUGACUGAUAUAAAGGCAGAAGAUAUAGAGGGAGAAGAAGAGACGUAUGUGAGGGGUGAUCAGCAGUGUAAGGAGGAGGAGAUCCCUACAGAUAUCAGCACAGAUGGACGCAAUACAAGGAAUACCCCGGAGGGACAUCUCGUUUGGUCUCCAGAUUUUGAAUUAGAAGAUAAGAACAUCACACAAGGGUCUCCAGAAGAAAACCCCAUUUCCUUAAAUAUACAUCCAACACUUCACAGUGCAGAUAUAUCAUCUGAUCCCUCUGUUCCUGAGGAAUGUUCUCCUGGUAACUCACAUAUUGCUGCACCUAGGACAGAUCAUAGCGGUGAUACAGUCAUUUCCUCUUCUGGAUGUGGGAAAAGAUUUAAACAUAAAAGACAAGAGAUAAGUCAAACAGGCAAGAAGCCAUUUGCAUGUUCUGAGUGUGGGAAAUGUUAUGGACACAAAUCAAAUCUUUGUAGACAUCAGAAACAACACACAGAUGAUAGACCAUUUCCAUGUUCUGAGUGUGGGAAAUGUUUUAAAGAUAAAUUUUCUUUUUUUACACACACGAAACUUCACACAGGCGAAAAACCAUUUCCGUGCUCUGAGUGUGGGAAAUGUUUUACACAGAAAUCAGAUCUGAUUAUACAUCAGAGAAAUCACAAGGGUGAUAAAUCUUUUUCAUGUCCUGAGUGUGGUAAAUGUUUUACACAAAAAGCAGAUCUUGUUGUACAUCAGAGAAGUCACAUAUGUGAAAAGCCAUUACCAUGUUCUGAGUGUGGGAAAUGUUUUACACAAAAAUACCAUCUUGUUGCACAUCAGAGAAGCCACACAGGUGAAAAACCAUUUCCAUGUUCCGAGUGUGGGAAAUGUUUUGCACUGAAAUCAGCUCUUGUUAAUCAUGAGAGAAUUCACACAGGUGAGAAGCCAUUUCCAUGUUCUGAGUGUGGGAAAUGUUUUACAAUGAAAUCAUAUCUUGUUAAACAUGAGAGAAGUCACACAGGUGAGAAGCCAUUUCCAUGUUCUGAGUGUGAUAAAUGUUUUACACGGAAAUCAACUCUUGUUAGACAUCAGAGAAGUCACACAGGUGAGAAACCAUUUUCAUGUUCUGAGUGUGAUAAAUGUUUUAUAGUGAAAUCACAUCUCAUUACACAUCAGAGAAUUCACACAGGUGAGAAGCCAUUCCCAUGUUCUGAGUGUGGGAAAUGUUUUCCAGUGAAAUCAAAUCUCAUUACACAUCAGAGAAGUCACACAGGUGAGAAGCCAUUUCCAUGUUCUGAGUGUGGGAAAUGUUAUAAACACAAAUCACAUCUUCUUAUACAUCAGAGACAUCACAUAGGUGAGAAGCCAUUUCCAUGUUCUGAGUGUGGGAAAUGUUAUAAACACAAAUCACAUCUUCUUAGACAUCAGAGACAUCACACAGGAGAAAAGCCAUUUACAUGUUCUGAGUGUGGGAAACAUUUUACGUGUAACUCAUAUCUUGUUUCACACCAGAAGAGUCACACCGGUGAAAGAUCAUUUCCAUGUUCUGAGUGUGGGAAAUGUUUUACACAGAAAUCCUCUCUUGUUAGACAUCAGAGAGGUCACACUGGUGAGAACUAGCUAUUGCAAGACACAGUUUAAUUUCCUUGAACUGGUAGACAUGAAAUAAGGUUGCGUUAAUGUUUUACAUAUAAGAAUCUGUAAUACAAUUAUUUGUGUAGACACUGACUUUUAAUAGGAUCCAAGCCCUUUGUACAUAUUUGUAUAAGAUGAGGCAGCCAUCUUUAGCAAUUUCAGGCACGGGAUGCUGCACUUUUGGAGAACCGAGGGAAUGCCAUUCUUUUUGCCAGGACAAGACCUAUGGGAUAUGUCAGGCCUAAGGAUAUGGUAAAUAUCAACUGGUUUUAUCCUACUACCUAAUACUGUACCUGGCUACACCAACUGACUAUACCACAUGGCGGGCUAUUACGAGAGAAUGCACUCUAUGAACUCUAAUGCACUAUGUUUUAAUUCAUUAUAUGUGUGUCUUCUUGCUAUAAUAAAAAGCUGCAAUGU